AUGAAGUUUAUUGUGGUUGUAAUUUUCAUGCUCGCAACACAGGCUUCAACCUCAUUUUUGGAUAAGGUUCGUGGAAUAUUUCAGCCACCGAAAUACGACGUCGUAAACUUCGUCGCAGAUGUCGUAAGCGACCUACAGGAAAGUAUAGAUUGCACAAUUAUGGCAGUUGAAAACGUAUUCUCCCUUGGAGGAAUGUUUGCAAUCAAUCCAGAGUAUGAAAGAAGGUGUAAAAGCAUGACGAAAGACUUUACCGUGACACCAGCUGCUGAAGACACAUACUAUUCACAAGAAACUGAUACAAGUAACGCGCACCGCUUACAAACGUUGAAAGAAAUGCGCAGGGGAAACGAAAAUGCUACAAAUGAAAUAAGUAAACAUGUAAAAGAAUCUUUAAUAGAUGCCAGUUCUACAUUAAAAUUAAUCGUCAAAAAAAAUGAAGCCCAAAAAAAAGUACAAAAUGUAAAAAGCGUUAUUAAAAAUGAAACAGAUCGACUGGUUGUGAUUAGUAAAAUGAUUCGCCGAGAAUUAGACGACUUAUCUCCGGAAACCAAGUCCAAAUUUAAUAUUCACGACAUCGAUCUCGAACAUGUUUCUGUUCAUGAAGUAUUGGGAGAAAUCGGAGCUCUAUACAAAGUUGAGCAGAGUGAUAAAAGUAGCUCUCACGCUAAUGAAAUUCGUCACUUAUUUGAUAAAAUACUAAAUAUUGUUCGCGUUAACAAAAAUGAUGAUCGUGUGUAUUCAGAUGACGAAGAAGUUAAAGAGAUAGUUAAAAACUUAGAAAAAACAGAAAACAAUACGUUAAUCAAUACUGCGGAAAAACUAUCAAUAUGGAAAGACGGCAAUCUCCAAAACAAUAUUGUGCAUAAUGAGAAUAUAAACAAAUUACAAAAAGAAAUUGAUAACAUUCCAAAAACUUUCCAAGAUAUUGCAAAAAGAAUAUUUAACCAAGGAAGUGCAAACGUUAUUCGGAGAUCAAACGCGAGUGAAAUCAUAAACACACUCAACGUAACGCCUGAAGUCAAGAUACAAAAUAUGAAUGUAAGAAAGACUAUCCAGAAUACUGCAAAGCAGAUAAUGAACGAAUCAAAUACAAUAGAUAUGAAUCAAAUAUUGAAAUCAAAUCAGCAAGCUAGAAACAUAUUUAACAAAUCAAUAAAAGAGCAAAAUAGUGACAGUUUGGAAAGCUUUCAUAAAAAUAAAGACAAGAUAUUGAAACUUUCGAUGGAACAGAAACAAAAUCUAAAUAUAACAAAUAGAAGUCAAGAUACAGCAAUUCAUGUAUUGGAAGAAUCUCACAUAGUGGACACAGAUCGGAUAGUAAAAUCCACUGCAGAAGCUAUAAACAUAAUUAGUCAUUCAGACAAUCAACAACAAAAGUAUUAUAUUCCUAAUAUGGCCCAGACAAGUGUAGAUGACAUGGCAGAGAAAAAAUAUCUAAAUGUUGAUAUUAUAAAGAGUUUCCAACACACUACAAGUCAAAUAGUGGAAGAAUCGAAAAUACGAGAUAAAACAAAAGAACAUGGGCAGGCUUUUGUUUCUAAUAGUGCUCCGGAAGAAAAUAGCAAUGCGUUGGAGGCUUCAAAGAAACAGAAAGAAAACGUAAAUGUUGCAAAUCGUUUCGAAUCAAUUAGUAACCAGGUAAUGGAGGAUUUGAAAUCAGUAGACAUUGAUCAGAUAGUAAAAUCAGCGGAAGAAGCUACAAAAAUAUUCAGUCAAGCUAGCAAUGACCAACAAAACUAUUAUGUUUCAAAUAUCGUCCAAACAAGCAUUGAUGAUAUAUUUCAAGAUUCAGAAAAAGAAUUUAAAAAUAUUGAUGUUGCCAACAGUUUCCAAAACACUGUAAGUCAUAUAAUGGAAGAAUCGAAAACAGAAAAUACAACAAAAGCACAAGAGGAGGCUUUUAUUUCUAAUAGUAUCCAGGAAAAUGUUAAUAAUAUAUUUGAUGACUUAACGGAACAAAAAGAAAAUUUAGACCUAGCAAAUAGUUUCCAAUCAAUUGCCAAUGAAAUAAUCGAAAAGGCGAAACCUGUGGACACUGAUAAUAUAGUAAAAACAAUAGAAGAAGCUAUAAACAUAUCCAGCCAAUCACCUAAUGAGCAACAAAAAUAUUAUGAUUCAAAUAUCGAGCAGGCAAGUGUUUUCCAAAAUACUGCAAGUAAAAUAAUGGAAGGACCAAAAACAGUGGAUUCAACAAAAGAACAAGAGCAAGCUUUUGCUUCUAAUAGUAUCCAGGAAAGUGCUAAUAAUAUAUUUGAGAAUUCAAGGAAACAGAAAGAAAAUGUUGAUAUUGCGAGUAGUUUCCAAUCAAUUGCUAAUGAGGCAAUUGAAGUGUCAAAACCUGUGGACAUUGAUGACAUAGUAAAGUCAACCGAAGAAGCUACAAACAUAUACAGCCAAUCCAGCAAUGAACAACAAAACUAUUAUGUUUCAAAUAUCGUUCAGGCAAGCGUUGAUGAUAUAUUUAAAGAUUCAGAAAAAGAAUAUCAAAAUGUUGGUGUUGUCGACAGUUUCCAAAACGCUGCAAGUGAAGUAAUGGAACUAUUGAAAAUAGAAAAUACAACGAAAGAACAAGAGCAAGCUUUUGUUUCUAAUAGUAUCCAGGAAAGUGCUAAUAAUAUAUUUGAGGAUUCAAGGAAACAGAAAGAAAAUGUUGAUAUUGCAAGUAGUUUCCAAUCAAUUGCUAAUGAACUAAUCGAAAAUGCGCAACCUGUGGAUACUGAUCAGAUAGUAAAGUCAACUGAAGAAGCUACAAACAUAUUCAGUCAAUCAGCUAAUGAGCAACAAAAAUAUUAUGAUUCAAAUAUCGAGCAGGCAAGCGUUGAUGAUAUAUUUAAAGAUUCAGAAAAAGAAUAUCAAAAUAUUGAUGUCGCCAACAGUUUCCAAAACACUAUAAGUCAGAUAAUGGAAGAAUCGAAAACAGAAAACACAACAAAAGAACAUGAGCAGGCUUUUGUUUCUGAUAGUAACCAGGAAAAUGUUGAUAAUAUAUUUGAGGAUUCAAGGAAACAAAAAGAAAAUUUAGACCUAGCAAAUAGAUUCCAAUCAAUUGCUGAUGAUGUAAUCGAUAAGGCGAAACCUGUGGAUACUGAUCAGAUAGUAAAGACAAUAGAAGAAGCUAUGAACAUAUUCGGUCAAUCACCUAAUGAGCAACGAAAAUAUUAUGAUUCAAAUAUCGUGCAGGAAAGCGUAGAUGAUAUAUUUCAAGAUUCAGAAAAAGAAUUUAAAAAUAUUGAUGUUGUCAAUAGUUUUCAAAACGCUGCAACUCAAGUAAUGGAAGAAUCGACAACAGAAAAUACGACGAAAGAACAAGAGCAGGCUUUUGUUUCUAGUAUUAUCCAGGAAAGUGCUAAUAAUAUAUUUGAGGAUUCAAGGAAACAGGAAGAAAAUGAAGAUAUUGAAAGUAGUUUCCAAUCAAUUGCUAAUGAAGUAAUCGAAAAGGCGAAACCUGUGGAUACUGAUCAGAUUGUAAAGACAGUAAAAGAAGCUACAAACAUAUUCAGCCAAUCAGCUAAUGAGCAACAAACAUACUAUGUUUCAAAUAACGUCCAGGCAAGCAUUGAUGAUAUGUUUAAAGAUUCAGAAAAAGAAUAUCAAAAUAUUGAUGUUGUCAACAGUUUCCAAAACGCUGCAAGUCAAAUAAUCGAAGAAUCGAAAACAGAAAACACAACAAAAGAACAAGAGCAGGUUUUUGAUUCUAAUAAUACCCAAGAGAAAGUUAGUAACACAUUUGAAGAUUUAGAGCAACGGAAAGAAGAUGUCGAUAUUGCCAAUAGUUUCCAGUCAAUUACUAAUCAGGUAGUGGAGGAAUUUAAACCAGUGGACACAUAUCAGAUAGUAAAGUUAACGGAAGAAGCUUUAAACAUAUUCAACCAAUCAACCAAUGAACAAAACAGUUUCCAAAACACUGUAAGUCAAAUAACGGAAGGAAAGGUAACAGUGGAUUCAACUAAAAGCCAAGGCCAUGCUUUUGUGUCCAACGAUGUCCAGGUCAAUAAGAAAUUAGAAAAUACAAAAAAAGUAAAAGCAAAUGUAAAUGUAGUAAACAGUUUUCAAUCAAUUGCUACUCAGAUGCCGAAAAAGUUGAAAUCAGCUUAUAAACAACAAAAAGUCAACUCGACUAAGGAAGCUAUGAAUAUUAGCCAUUUAACGAAAGAUCAAAAGAAAAGUUUACAUAGCUCUCAAGAUAAUCUUAAUAAGACAUUUAAACAACUAAAAUCGGAAGUUCCGCAGCCUUCAGUACCAGCACACGCACAGGGACUUAAUGGUAUUGGUGUUAAUCCUCCUAUUAGUAAAAAUUACAUGUCUAGAGCACCUUCAAUACCUCCACCAGCUGUCACGUCAGCACAUACUACUACUUCUACUACUACUACUACCACCACAGAGAUACCUGAUUAUGACGAUUAUGAUGAAGAAACGGAUACGGAUGGACUAUCUUUACUUUCGCUGUUUUUUGGUUCUGGUAGCGAAGAAGACAAUGCUAUGAGCGCGAAAGAGGCUGAGAGUAUAAUAGAGCGCAGCAGACAUUCAAAAGAAUAUUUUAACAAAGUGAAUAUGAAAAAUGCGCGAAAUGUUUUUGCCAAUCCUUAA